GGCCCCGGCUCCGUUGCGUGGCGCGCGCACAUCCGGGUCCCGCCGCCGCCGCCGCCCCGUCAGUCAGUGAGUCGGUCGGUCCGUCAGUCAGUCAGUCAGUCGGUGGGUCCGCCAUGGUGGUGGGGGUGCCGGCGGCGGGCCCUCCGCGGGCGCCGCUGCCGCUGCUGUGCCUGGCGCUGACGACGGCCGCCUGGGGCCCCGCCGCCGCCUUCUACCUGCCGGGCCUGGCGCCCGUCAACUUCUGUCAGGAGGGCAACGAGAGCAACGACUGCAAGUCUGGAAUAGAACUCUUCGUGAACAGGCUUGAUUCUGUGGAAUCUGUUCUUCCUUAUGAAUAUACUGCGUUUGACUUUUGCCAAGCAGCAGAAGGAAAACGUCCAUCUGAAAAUCUUGGUCAAGUGUUAUUUGGGGAAAGGAUUGAACCCUCUCCCUAUAAGUUCUUAUUUAAGAAAGAUGAGACCUGUAAACUCGUUUGUACAAAAACAUAUAAGCCAGACAAAACGGAGGACAAACAAAAUCUGGAAUUCCUGAAAAAAAGCAUGCUCCUGAAUUAUCAACAUCACUGGAUUGUGGACAAUAUGCCUGUUACUUGGUGCUAUGAUGUUGAAGGUGAACAGAAGUUCUGCAAUCCUGGAUUUCCCAUUGGCUGCUAUAUCACAGAAGGCGGCCAUGCUAAAGAUGCCUGUGUUAUUAAUUCAGAAUUCCGUGAGAAAGAUACAUUUUACAUCUUCAACCACGUUGACAUCAAAAUUCAGUAUCAUGUUGUUGAAAAUGGGGCCAUGGGAGCAAGAUUAGUGGCUGCUAAACUUGAACCAAAAAGCUUCAAACACACACAUUUGGAAAAACCUGAUUGUUCUGGACUCCCAAUGGAUAUAAGCAACAAGGCUACUGGGGAGAUAAAAAUUGCUUAUACUUACUCAGUGAGCUUCGAGGAACAAAAAAACAUUCGAUGGGCAUCUAGAUGGGACUAUAUUUUGGAAUCCAUGCCUCAUACCCACAUUCAGUGGUUUAGCAUUAUGAAUUCCCUCGUGAUUGUUCUCUUCUUAUCUGGAAUGGUGGCUAUGAUUAUGUUGAGGACCCUGCAUAAAGACAUCGCAAGAUAUAAUCAAAUGGAUUCCACUGAAGAUGCCCAGGAGGAAUUUGGCUGGAAACUGGUUCAUGGAGAUAUAUUCAGACCUCCCAGAAAAGGAAUGCUGCUCUCAGUUUUUUUAGGAUCGGGCACACAAAUUUUAAUCAUGACGUUUGUGACUCUGUUUUUUGCUUGCCUGGGAUUUUUGUCACCUGCCAACAGAGGAGCCCUGAUGACCUGUGCUGUAGUCUUAUGGGUGCUGCUUGGAACACCUGCAGGCUAUGUCGCUGCCCGAUUUUAUAAGUCCUUUGGUGGUGAAAAGUGGAAAACAAAUGUACUGCUGACAUCAUUUCUGUGUCCUGGGAUUGUAUUUGCCGAUUUCUUCAUUAUGAACCUGAUUCUCUGGGGAGAAGGAUCUUCAGCGGCUAUUCCCUUUGGUACUUUGGUUGCCAUAUUGGCCCUCUGGUUUUGCAUAUCUGUGCCACUGACGUUCAUUGGUGCUUACUUUGGCUUUAAGAAAAAUGCCAUUGAGCACCCAGUUCGGACCAAUCAGAUUCCUCGUCAGAUUCCCGAACAGUCGUUCUACACAAAACCAUUGCCUGGCAUUAUCAUGGGAGGGAUUCUGCCCUUUGGAUGCAUCUUUAUACAACUCUUCUUCAUUCUUAAUAGUAUUUGGUCUCAUCAGAUGUACUACAUGUUUGGCUUCCUAUUUCUGGUGUUUAUAAUUUUGGUUAUUACAUGUUCCGAAGCAACUAUACUGCUUUGCUAUUUCCAUCUCUGUGCUGAGGAUUACCAUUGGCAGUGGCGUUCAUUCCUUACCAGUGGCUUUACUGCAGUUUAUUUCCUAAUAUAUGCAAUACACUAUUUCUUUUCGAAACUGCAAAUCACGGGGACAGCAAGUACCAUCUUGUACUUCGGUUACACCAUGAUAAUGGUUUUGAUUUUCUUCCUCUUUACAGGAACAAUCGGCUUCUUCGCGUGUUUUUGGUUUGUGACCAAAAUAUACAGUGUCGUGAAAGUUGACUGAAGAAACCCAUGAACCCAGGUUUAAAGUUUAAACCUUAAUGAAAAACUGUUCAUGCGAAUAUCUGGUUUUAUCGGAAGUAUUGAUCCUAAUGUUGCUUGAUACUAAAUGAACCUCUUCCCAGGCCACCUACCCCCCCACAAAAUAUGUUUUCCACUAAAGCAUUUCUGUUGUAAUUUGAUUUCAAGUAUGUUUUCAGUUCAUGAAGAACAAAUAUUGUGCGCAAAUGUAAAUAUAAUAUUUACAGUACUUCUAUUGGCCAAAUAGAAGAGGCUGAGUUAAACAACAUAAUACUUCUGAAUAAAGUACAGUUAAUUGUAAAUAGGAUUUUCUAGGCUCGGUAGGCGGGAAGAAUUAUUUUUAUUUGAAGGAAAUAACUUUUUAUCAUGGUAAUUUUGAAGAAUGACUCCAAUGAUGUGCUUUGUUUGGGAUGUGACAUUUUUUAUCUCGUACUGGUUGUAACUGUUCAUAAAUAUUCCUAUUUCUCUGCAUUGACUUCAUUAUUCCCAUGGUAUUGGCCUUUUAAACUGUGUGCCUCUGAGUCUUUGAAUUUAUAAAUUUAUUACCUAAAUAAAUAUUGUAAAAAUGUC